AUGGACGUCGAGAGGCUCGCGUCGCUGCGCCUCCGCGAGGGCGGCGUCGUCGCGGACGCGAGCGCGACCGCGACGCCGCCGAACGCGGUCCGCGCUUUCGGCGUCGACGACGGGGUCUCGCCGCUGACGUCCGGGGACGUCGGCGGCGGCGGAGGAGGAAAAAACAAACGAGGAGAACGAGGAGGCGCGUCGCUCCAUCGGAACGCGACGACGACGACGACGACGACGACGACGCCCGCGUCGUCGUUCUGGCACAAGAGAGGGCUGCACGUCUCCCCGGUCUCGGUGCUGAUGAUCCCCGCGCUGAACUUGAACGCCGCGGGGGGCGACGAGCGCGACGGCGGCGUCGGAGACGGCGCGCGCCCCCCGUUCGGGGGCGGCAGCGCGUCGUUCCGCGAGCAGCGGAACACUAAGAAGUCGCGCGGGGGCGCGAGAUCCAGUCUCGCGCGGGGCGACGACGUCGACGACGACGACGACGCGAACGAACCGCACGCGAUGGACGUCGACCGCGCGUCCGGCGCGUCGACGCCGAUGACGCCCAUGGAGCCGAACGCGUUCGCCGCCGCGCUGCCGUCGUUCGGGACGGGCGGCGGGACCGGGUUCGGGAUGAUGACGUCGAGAAACGCAUCGUACACGCCCCCGCCCGCGCCGAGGCCGUCGCGCGUCAUCGCCGCGAACUGCGACGACGCGGGCCCGUCCACGUCAAGCGCGGGCGCGUCGUCGUUCGAGCGCCACGCCUCCUUCCUGUGCGGCGGCGAGGACUCGAACCACGCGCCCGCGGACGUCUCCCCCGCGUUCGGCGUCGGCGGCGGGAGAACGCCGCCGACGCCGACGCGACCCAAGGCGCGCGCGAAGCUGACGCGUUGGGACUCUCUCGACGAGACGAAGCUGCUGGUGAGCACGAACCUCGCGCGCACGAGCAGCGUGCGAUUGGGGAGCGAAGUUGGAGGCGGGACGGGGGGAGGUGGUGAUGGAGGAGGAAAAAACGGCGGCAUCGGAGGCGUUACCCGCCUCGACGUCCGCGGCGGAGAUGGCGGCGGGGAUGAUUUUUCGAUUUUUUUGACGACGACGACGACGGGAAGCGGCGAGCUCUCGUCGUCGCCGCACGAAUUUCUCUUCGCGGAUCACUUCCACUUCGAGAAACGCAUCGGUCGGUCGAAAACCAGCGAGGCGUGGCUCGUGCGCUCGAAGCAGAGCGACCAGAGGUACUGCGUGAAGAAGAUCACCGCGCCGUUCAACGGCGCGAGCGAGCGGACGAGAUACGCGCACGAGGUUGAGGCGCGUUCUAUACACUGGUCCCCAUACGACCGCGUCGGCGUGGUGAACGCCGCGGUUACGUUUCUCCCCGCGCACGAAAACGUCGUCAAAUACUUCCGCGCGUGGCAGGAGGAUAAGCACUUCUUCUGUCAGACGGAGCUCUGCGUCGGCGGCUCUUUCGGCGCGUGCCUCGAGCGGCUCCCGCCCGGGUGCCUCGUGGACGAGCGCGACGUGUGGUGCCUCGCGAAGGAGAUCGCGAGCGGCUUGAAGCACGUUCACGAGUACGGCAUCUUACACUUAGGCGCGUUCUAUACACUGGUCCCCAUACGACCGCACGUCAAGCCCGACAACGUCUUUCUCGACGAGCGCGGGACGUACAAGCUCGGCGAUUUCGGCGUCGCGUACGUCCGCGGCAGCGGGUGGGAGCUCCAGGACGGCGACGGCGGGUACGUCGCCCCGGAGGUGCUCUCGAUGUCGCACACGUCGCCGCCGACGCCGGCGGCGGACGUCUUCUCGCUGGGCGCGACGUUGUACGAAGGUGCGUUCUAUCUCACACUGGUCCCCAUACGACCGCGUCGGCGUGGUGAACGCCGUUCCUUAAGGACUUUUGCCGUCGUCUCUCUCCGCCCAUCACCCCCCGCUUUCAAUCCCCGACCCUAUGACGCCUUUCAACGCCAACUGACGCCUUUCAACCCCACCCCGACGUUGUACGAAGCCGCCGCGGGGGAAAAGCCGAGCGCGGAGGUCAGGAGAGGCCUCGGCGCGCCAGCUGGCGCGGCGGGAGAGACGUCGGCGGCGCGAACGGGGUCAUCAUAUGGGGACCAGUCUUCUCACGCGCUGCCGUCGACGCUGACGCUACCGAGCGGUCGAAGCGACGCGCUCGUCGGUCUCAUCGCCGCGUGCUUGCGGAGAGACCCGGCAUCGAGGCCGUCCGCGGGGGAGAUUGAGGUGCGUUCGAGUCACACUGGUUCCCAUACGACCGCGUUGGCGAUGUGA